AUGAUUGACGGAGACGACGGCGUGAUCCUGCUUCUCUACGAGGCGUACAAGGCGUACACCGAGCGCGUGCGCGACGCCCGCCGCGACGUUCAUCAACUCCUGCUGGAGGAGGAGUGGCGCGUCGCCAUGCGAUCCCGCCACUACCUCACCACGCAGUGUCUCGACGCGCCGUGUGCAUCAGGCUGGAUGACGCUGUACGAGUACGGCACUGACAUCAACUUCUUGAACGCUACGAGUCUGACGCGGACGCCCACCAAGCUGCGCUACUUACAAAAAGUGCUGGGUCUCGUUCUUACCUUCUACGUCGGGUCAUUGGAACAGAGCUCCCUAUGCAUCACCUUUGGGGUCCCGCCCAACACGCUCUCCAGGACGCUGCGCAAAGCCGAAGAGGCGCUAGCGCGGGCGCUGAACGGCUACGCUCCUGCGCGUAUCUCGUGGCCCUCGCCCUCGUGCCAGGUAGAAUUGGCGCGGAUGGUCAACAAGCGUGAGCCUUUGCUCACCCACACGUUCGGGUUUAUAAAUGGUAAAAACCUUCGUGUGCAAGAGCCUUCUAACGCAGACCUUCAGAACGCCAUGUACAAUGGCUGGCUGCACUCGGUCUUCUUCCGCGGCAAGCUGACGGACCUCCAGUACUGCCCCGAUGGUCGUAUGAGCGUAGUGUCCGAUUCCGCCUUCCCGUGCUCCACGGCCGUGACGGGGCGAAUCCUCACCCCGUUGAAGGACGGAGAUAUCGAGAAAAUUGAGCCUUCACUGCGCGCCACCGCGCGCACCCUACACAAUGCUAUCACUUCCAUCCGCCAGGCUGCAGAAUGGGGAAUGGGUAGCGUGCAAAAGGUCUACAGCAGACUCAACUUGCCGCUGCCCUACGACCCGAACCUACGAGGCAUGCGCAUCGGCAACCUAUUCCGGCUUGCGAACUACAGAGUUCGCACAGUCGGGAUUUCAGAGAUCAAGACCACGUUGUCGGGCGCGAUGGAGAUGCCCGAGCAACUAGCGCUGUAG